GUGCGGUGGGUGGUGUGUGUCGGGGCACGCGCGUUGCGUGACACGCAUACACACACACACACACACACCGAGCGCUUUUUAAUCCGAAGGAAUGAACGAGCGGUAGCGUCGCGACAAUUUUGUGCACGAGAGAUGCUUGCGUUUCAUUCGAUCGUCACGAUUCUAUCGUGACGUUUCGUAGGGAUUUAAAGGAACAAAGUUAAGCGUCAGCGAGUAUCAGCUGACUGGAGUGGGGAAUCGUGUCAGAGAUGGCGCGUUUGAGGAUUGUGUGCACCGUGUUUCACAGGACCGUGACUACCGACCCCAUUUGGGACUCCAUUUCCCGAGGACGAAGUACGAAGGAAAAAGUGGCUGGAUGCGAUCGGAAGGACAGACAUGGAAAUACCCGCUCAAUCGUGUCUGUGUUCGCGACAUUUCCCUCAGGAUUGCUACGCGAACGCGAUCCUGAAGGACGACGCACUUCCAAGCUUAGAGCUAGGCCUGACUGAUCCGACGUCGAACGCGGAAGUCGACGGGAAGCCGGGAACGCAAUUAUCCCCCCCACAGAUCGCGAGACCGAUCAUUCGAAGACCGCGGACUCGCAUGCUGUCGGACGAGGAGAUACAGAAGAUGCAACCGAUCAAGUACGUGCGCUACCUAAAGAGCGUCAACUGGGAUGAGAUCUCGAAAUUGCCGACGGAGGCGAAGAUCGUCUGGGAAGUGGCGAUGGAGGAGCUGAAGGAGGGCAACGAUAAGAUAAAGCAUUUGCAGGCGCACGUUCGCCACCUGAAGACAACCGUUCGCAAGCUGGAGGCUGUACUGAAAACACGUACGAAGAGGGCGGCCGUUGCCGCAAUUGCAGCGCGUCAUCGCAAAUCUCUCGGUUAGCCACACAGAGGAGAUUGCGAUUAACUAAGCCAAUUGACGUAACUCGACUUGCAAUCUGCCGUUAAAAAAAAAAAAAACGCACACC